AUGACCCACGAUGGUCCAAUUUCGAAUUUUCAACGACAUCCGCUAACGGCGUCAUGUCGUGAACGUUCACAUCCCACACGUGACGACACCGUCACCACCCACCACCCAUACCAGCCCUCUGCCCACAACAAUCAUUGGACUACUUCAUUCACUCUUUACCGUACGACUGUAUUACAGCACCAUCGCGCCUAUUGUACUGUUUCUAACCUACGCUCAGUAAGAUAUUGUUCAGAUAUGGUGACUCUCAGUGAGCUCAUUGCCAAGUUGCGAGAGAUUUUUGAGGAUGACAAAGUGGACGUCGAUGAGGUGAUAAGGACCAUGGAGUCGUACAAGAGCAAUGAGGACGAAUGGAGGCGUUUUGCCGCUUUUGAUGAGCACAAAUAUACCCGAAAUCUUGUGGACGUUGGUAAUGGCAAAUACAACCUGAUGCUCUUGUGCUGGGGACCCGGUAUGGGAAGCAGCAUCCAUGACCAUACGGAUUCGCACUGUUUUGUGAAAAUGCUGGAUGGAACACUUUUGGAGACGAGAUAUGAUUGGCCCGACGAAGAAGAUAAGGAAGCUCCCCUGAGAAAAAUCAGUGAGAAUCGCUAUGAAAGGAAUGGAGUAUCUUACAUGAAUGAUAAACUGGGCCUUCAUCGGAUGGAAAAUCCCAGCCACUCUGACUCCGCCGUCUCCAUGCAUUUGUAUAUACCAGCCUAUGAAACUUGUAACGCAUUUGAUGAGAGAACUGGAAGGAAAACAAAGUGUCAAGUGACAUUCUAUACCAAGUACGGCUCCAAGGUGGACUACCGAGCAAGCAAAAGUGGAAAUCUAGUUGACUAUGGAUCUCUAGUGAAGAAUGCUCCGCCAAUACAAUCACACUAA